UACAUGAACAAUUCUGUUUUUGGCAGUGGUGGCCCACAGCGCAUUUUAAAAGAACCACUCUUGUCCUAUCAGACUCCCUCAACAGAUUCUGUUAUCCAAAAAACUGCGAUUUCGGUGUCUUUGCAAUCUACGGGUCCCAGUAGAGUGAUGAUGUCGCAACCUGUCAAGGAUACAGACAGCAAACCACACACAGACUGCAAGCCACCAGCAAAGAAAAAAUUUGCACUUGAUGAUUUCGAUAUAGGCCGUCCACUUGGCAAGGGGAAGUUUGGAAAUGUUUAUUUGGCCAGAGAAAAGACCUUAAAUUUUAUUGUUGCUCUAAAGGUCCUGUUUAAGUCACAGUUGGAGAAGGAGAGUGUGGAGCAUCAGCUCCGCCGGGAGAUUGAAAUUCAAGCUCACCUUCGGCACCCAAACAUUUUGCAGCUGUAUAAUUAUUUCCAUGACCGAAAACGCAUAUUUUUAAUUUUGGAGUAUGCCCCUCGUGGAGAGUUGUAUAAGGAACUUCAGAAAUGUGGGCGAUUUGAUGAGCAGAGGAGUGCAACAUAUAUGGAGGAGCUGGCUGAUGCUUUAAUUUAUUGUCAUUCCAAAAAAGUUAUUCAUCGAGACAUAAAACCAGAGAAUUUACUAAUGGGGCUGCGAGGAGAGCUAAAAAUUGCAGACUUUGGUUGGUCCGUUCAUGCCCCUUCACUGAGGAGGAAGACUAUGUGUGGUACAUUGGAUUAUUUGCCACCAGAAAUGAUUGAAGGGAAGACACAUGAUGAAAAAGUAGACCACUGGUGUAUUGGAGUUCUUUGUUAUGAAUUUCUAGUGGGCAAUCCACCUUUUGAAAGUCCAUCUCACUCGGAGACUUACAAAAGGAUAACAAAGGUUGACCUUCAUUUUCCAAGUUAUAUGUCUGAAGGUGCCAAGAACCUGAUUUCCAAGCUGCUACAGCACAAUCCCAGUCAAAGACUUACUUUAAAGGGUGUCUUGGAACAUCCUUGGGUCAAAGCAAACUCUCGCAGGGUACUGCCACCUGUGUACACACCCUCAAGUUGAAACUGUGAUUACUCUUCCCUAUUUUAGUGGAAUGAUGGGAGAGAAUUUUCCCCUUGUUACUUUGAUGCCAACUGGAUGGUGUGUUUCUAGGGUAACCAUUUAAAUGUGGUGGUAUAAUUGUAAAUAUCGUUUUAGAAUUUUUUUUGUGGUUUUAUGUCAUUCAAGUUAUAAGUUGUAUUUUCCUUCUGUAAUCAAAUAAAUGUGUAUACUUGUAAAAUGAGGGUUGAUUUCAGUUUUAAGGCUGCCAACCCUUAGUAAUUUUUUCACUCUUCAUAUUGGAAGAAAAACUGUAAUAGGAAAUGUAGUAUUUUUCAAAUUGUGCAUUACACAUCAGUCUGUGAAGAUCA